GCAGUGUGCGCGGAAUGACGUAAUGUGAUGGAUUGAAGCCGCCGUAGCGCCGGUCCCGCGUGCACUCGCUGCUGCUCCGCUCCGCAUCCCUCAGCGGACUCUCCGCGCUCCCGUUUGGAGACCAAUCCUGGAGCAGAAGUAUCGUCCCUGGAUUUGAGCUUUUUGCGGAUUUCGCUAAGACCCAACCGCGAUGUAAAGCCGCAAGAACAUGCCGCUGUCUCGUUUGCAAGUUUUCGCAUCAUCAGGAAAAUGACUUUGUGAAUACAGAAAUGUGUAAUUAUGAAGUUGGGGCCGCUGGUCACAGGGGCCCUUCCCCCCUUCUUGAUGCCUGUCACAGAGCGGCCGUGCUGGGCUUCAUCUGAAGGGAUGCACCAUGGUGUGAUCGCACGUCUGUCCUGCCCCAGACUCAAUGAAUCGCACGAAUGAACGGACAUUAAGGGAAUUAGCUUGGUUGCAUAGGGACUUUGGAUUUGGGAAUACUGGAAGCGGUCGGAGAGCGCUGGAGUUGUGUUUGAAGAAGUGUAGUGGAUACGUCAAGGAGGGUUUUCGGAAGAUGUCUGAGAAGGGAGCCGAGGCGUCUGCAUCUCAGCACACAAAGCGGAAGCAGGUGAUUCAUGGCCUGGAAGAUCAGAAAAAGAUCUACACGGACUGGGCGAACCACUACUUGGCCAAAUCGGGACACAAGCGGCUGAUUAAAGACCUGCAGCAGGAUGUGAGCGACGGCGUGCUGCUGGCCGAGAUCAUCCAGGUUAUCGCAAAUGAGAAGAUUGAGGACAUUAAUGGAUGCCCCAAGAGUCGUUCUCAGAUGAUUGAGAACAUUGAUGCCUGCCUGAGCUUCCUAGCAGCCAAAGGUGUGAACAUACAGGGACUUUCAGCUGAAGAGAUCCGGAAUGGAAAUCUGAAAGCCAUCUUGGGGCUUUUCUUUAGCCUGUCUCGAUACAAGCAGCAGCAGACGGCGAACAGACAGACGCACACGCAGCACACACAUUCACACACUCCUUUAAGCCAGCAGAGCAGCUCUCCGGCCCAGCUGACCUCCACCUCGCAUGGGACGCACACACACAAAACACAGCCGGAGAUGCAGUCCAGGGAUGGCUCUCAAAGUAAACUCAAGUUUUCCAUUGGUCAGAAAAAGUCUUCUAGAUUACCUGGCCCCACCUCGAGGGUGUCCACUGCGGGCAGUGAGAGUUCUCCUCGAGGGUCCAUCAGUUCAGCAGGGAAUCGCCGCAGUCAGGUGUUCAGCGAUAAAGCCAAACCUGCAGCAGCUCAGGCCAAAGAAUCAUCAGAGAGUGUCUCCUCACAAGGCUUGACCGAGCACACUCUGUCAUCCCUGGCGUCCGCCUGCACCUCUGUUAGCACCAGCACUGUGGCAUCUUCAUCUUCAUCAUCAGCCAUCCCCCAGCCCAACUCAAGUAGCAAACCCUGGAGAAGCAAAUCUCAGAGCACCAAGCACACUGCUACCUCCACCUCCACGGUGCUUUCCACCAAACCAGAUCUCCAAGCCAAGCAGCCCGUUCCUGCAGAGCCGCCACCGAAAGCUGUGCCUCAGAAGUCUAUGCUGGAGAAACUCAAACUUUUCAACAGCAAAGGCGGCUCCAAGUCGUCCACGCAAGCAGAUGGCGCCGUUACGCCGACGGGAGGAAAAGACGCCGGUUUGGUUCUGGAAAGAGUCGAGGCUGGUUCCAAUACAGAACCCAUUGAGGAGAUGGAUGGUAAUGUCAGACCUACGAACGGAUCGAGUGCUGUUACCAUGGCAACCAGCAGCCCAAAGAUUGCGCUAAAGGGCAUUGCGCAACGGACAUUUAGCCGGGCGCUCACAGCGAAAAAAGCCUCAGCGAAAGCGGUAGACAAAGAAAAGGAAAAAGAACGAGCUAAAGAAAAAGACAAAAAUGGGAAAGAGGGGUCGAAGCGCGUCCCGUCCACAGAAAAAGUAGAUAUCAAAGAGGAAGUUAGGGAGGAAGUUGUUACCUCGAGCCGAGUUGCUUCCUCCGAGGCGGAGCCCAGAAAAGCCUCCAAGAUUGCCAGCUUCAUACCCAAGGGCGGGAAAGUGGGCGGUACUAAGAAAGAUACCCCCGCCCCUGUGCAAACCGGAAUUCCAAAACCAGGAAGCAAAAACACUGGAAAUGGAGCGAUAAAAAGUUCAGCGUUGCCUCUCGGCGGUAAAGACAAUGAGAGGCCUCGCAGUAUGCGUCUGGGAGGGGGUCUGGGACUUCAUAGGGACAGCCGGCAUUCCUCGUCCUCUUCCAGCCUGGCCUCCACCGAGGGGAAAGGACACCACAGCGCCGCCCCAUUGGCCAACGGAACACAAUCCACGGCCAGCAACACAGUCAGUGUGCAGCUGCCUCAGCCACAGCAGCAGUACAGCCACCCCAACACAGCCACAGUAGCGCCCUUCAUGUACAGGUCUCAGAAUGAGGCAGAUGGAAACAUCGGCUCAAGCCCAAGCUCUGGGUGUCGGAGCAGUGACUCCAGUAGCUUCAGCAAGAUCAACCAGUCUUCUACUGAGGACCUGUCAGGCGAAGAUCCAGAGACCAGACGUCUGAGGACCGUCAAAAAUAUUGCUGACCUGCGGCAGAAUUUAGAAGAGACCAUGUCAAGCUUGCGAGGGACGCAAAUCACACACAGCACACUGGAAACUACUUUUGAUGGUAGCGUUACUACUGAAAUGAGCAGUCGCAGCAUCCUCAGCAUGGCAUCUCGCCCCGCUCCGCUGUCCUGGGCCAGCCGCAUGGGCCAGUCCAGUCCCCGUCUACAAGCAGGAGAUGCUCCUUCGGUUGGUAACGGGUAUCAGUCGCGCAGCGGAGCCGUGGCGUCCGGUCAGGGCCGGUAUCUUUACCAGGCUCCUCUGCGGAAGCAGCUGGCAGCUCGUGGCAGCGCCCUCUGUGGUCUGGAGCUGGGAGACAGGGUGGAGGAUCUGGAGCUGGCCGGUGUGGGGCUGGAAAUGAGCGGCUACAUGAGUGAUGGAGACGUGCUGGCUAAGAACGCCCGAUCUGAUGAGCUGACCAGCGGGUACAUGACGGAUGGGGGAUUGAGUCUGUAUACGCGACGAUUGAACCGCUUACCGGAUGGAAUGGCGAUGGUACGGGAAAGUCUGCAGCGUAACGCCUCGACCGGUCAGGGAGACGCAGACAGUUGGGACGACAGUAGUUCAGUCAGCAGUGGCAUCAGUGAUGCUGUUGAUACUGAUGACAUCAACACCAGCUCCUCUAUAAGCUCUUACGCCAACACCCCCGCCUCGUCCCGUAAGGCUCAGAACGGACAGCCUCAGACAGAUGCAGAGAAGCAUUCAGCAGCCGAGCGCAGCACUGCUUGGUCCAGUGAGGAGGUUAAGAUGAAGUCAGACGGGGGUUUGGAUUGCGGCAUCAAAAUGGAGGCGGGACUGAAGUGGCGGCGGAACCCUUCAGACGUGUCUGAGGAGUCAGAUAAGAGCAGCUCUGGACGGAAGAACGCACCUAUCACUCAGACGGGCUCCUGGAGGAGGGGCAUGAGUGCCCAGGUGGGCGUGACCUCGCCACGGACGAAGAGUACAACUGGUACCUCGGGCGUGAUUAAGACACAAGGGACGGGUAAAACGGAUGACGCCAAGGUCUCCGAAAAAGGCCGCAUGUCUCCCAGUUCCAACAUCGUCCAGCAUUCCUCCUCCGACGCCGGCCGAAGCAGCGGAGACGAAGCCAAGAAAACACCCUCAGGCCGAGUCCCCACAAGCACGUUCGGUUUCAAGAAGCCCAACGGCGUCCACGGCCCGGCCCCUGUCGUAAGCACCUCCAGCAUCACUCUGGUGACAGCGAGCGGCGCCACCAUCACCAGCGGCUCUGCCACCCUGGGCAAGAUUCCCAAGUCCUCCGCCCUUCUGGUGGGUGGAAGGGGAUCGUUAAAAGGGGCUAUGGAGGCUUUGCUGCCCCCUCAGGAAGAUGGCUACCUGUCUCCCAGUGCUCGCUCGACGCUGCAGUACAGAAGUCUACCUCGACCCUCCCGUUCUGGAGCCGCUGCCCGUAACGGAAACCGAUCGUCCACAAGCAGCAUCGAGUCAAGCUUGAUCUCCCGGACGCCCGUCCUUACAGCCGUCGCGACCAGCAAACCCAGAGAUUCUGGCACUAAAACCAACGGGCACUCACUUCAAGCCAAUCAGACGGACAAAGAGAAGGGCGUGGCUUCAGAGAUAGACAACCUGAGAACCAAUCCGAUCGUUCCGGGAGGUGGAGCUGCAACUAUCCCACAGACAGCGAGACAGGGAAACAAGUACAGCGAGGUCUCCUCGCCAACAUUGCGAAGACUUUUUGGCGGUAAGGCUGCUAAACAGGCCCCGGUGACCUCCGCGGAGAGCAUGAAAAACUCAGUGGUCAUCUCCAACCCCCACGCUACCCUUGGACACACCCAGACGUCCGGCGGGCCCCUGGACUCCCCCUCUACAGUGCCAGGCAGCGGCGGCAGCAGUCCCCUGUACGGGGGACGAGGUGUCAGCAUAGGGGGCAGCGAGCAAGCUUCGAGCCCCGGUUCGGUGUACUCAACGGGCACUGGGACCUGGGGCACCACCAUCAGCAGCUCUUCGGCUCUCGGCUACCCCUCCGUCAGCAGCAUGCACACCAGCAGCGAAUCCAUCGACAUGUCAGUGGGCAGCGGCCAUCACCGUGAUGAUGUCCACCCGGUUCUGAUGAGGACGGGUAGUGCCAAAACAGGCAUGUCGGAGAGUCCCCUCUCCUCUCCCUCUGCGAGUCCUAAAUUCAGCCGUAACACAUUGCCCCGGAAGCAAGACAGUGAUUCCUGCAGUGAUAGAAACACGCUUCCCAAGCAGGGAUUCAAGUACAGAUAUGCCCCUUCACCGCAGCUGCGUCAGGAAGAGGCACGUGAUUGGCUGCGCUCACAUUCGGCCGGUGGAUUGCAGGACUCAGCCAGUAACUCUCCCUUCUCCACCGGCUCCAGCUUGACGUCACCGUCCGGAACACGCUUUAACUUUGCUCAGCUUGGAAGCCCCACCACAGGUGCUCAGAUUAAUCUAGCCAGCCUGCGCAACAACAGCCUGACCAAUCAGGACAACCCGCUGGACAGCCAUGGCGAUUCCCGUCUGCGCAACUCCUGCAUGUCGCUGGAUGAGAAGACGCGCACCAUGAGCCGGUCGGGGUCCUUCAGGGAUGGGUUCGAGGAAGUUCAUGGAUCAUCCCUCUCGCUGGUGUCCAGCACCUCUUCUGUCUAUUCAACGACGGAGGAGAAAUCACAGUCAGAGAUCCGCAAGCUGCGUCGCGAACUGGACGCCUCUCAGGAAAAGGUGUCCGCCCUGACAACGCAACUCAGUGCUAAUGCCCACCUGGUGGCAGCGUUUGAGCAGAGUUUGGGCAACAUGACCAUCCGACUCAAGAGCCUCACCAUGACGGCAGAACAGAAAGACUCUGAGCUGAACGAGUUGAGGAAAACCAUUGAGCUCCUAAAGAAGCAAAAUGCAGUGGCUCAGGCGGCCAUCAACGGCGUCAUCAAUACUCCAGAACUCACCUGCAAAAGUGAGCGCUCAGGUAAUAAUGGUUCAGCCCUCGGAGCGCAGCCGGACCUGCGCAUGCGCAGACAGCACUCAUCUGACAGCGUCUCCAGCAUCACCAGCGCCACCAGCCACUCCAGCCUGGGCUCCAACAUGGACAACCCCGACUCCAGCAGCAAGAAGAAGAAGAAGAACUGGGUGUAUGAGCUGCGGAGCUCCUUCAAACAGGCCUUCAGUAAGAAAAAAUCUCCCAAAUCGGCUUCGUCCCACUCAGACAUCGAGGAGAUGACAGAUUCCUCUCUCCCUUCCUCUCCCAAACUCCCUCACAACGGCACCGGCACCUCACUGCUGCUCCGCAACACACACUCCAGCUCAAUACUGUCAGACUGUUUGGAUGGGGAGGCGGAGACUGUCAUGCAGCUGCGUAACGAGCUGCGAGAGAAGGAGAUGAAGUUGACAGACAUUCGACUGGAAGCCCUAAGCUCCGCCCACCAGCUGGACCAGCUCCGAGAGGCUAUGAACCGCAUGCAGGUGGAGAUCGAGAAGUUAAAGUCGGAAAAUGAUCGUCUUAAGUUGGAAAGCCAAGCCAGUGGGAGCAGGGCGUCCUCUCAAGUGUCCGUCUAUAACCCGACCCCGACCCCAACGCCUGGCCUGUCUCAACACAGCCUCAACCUCACGGAGUCCACCAGCUUCGACAUGCUGUUGGACGACUCUGGUGGAGACGGAAGUUCUCGUAAAGAGAGCAGACACGUGAAAAUAGUUGUCAGUCUUCAAGAGAACGUCAUGUGGAAAGAGGACUGCAGGACUCGAGACUUCCUGAUUGGCUGCAUUGGUGUCAGUGGAAAAACCAAGUGGGAUGUUCUGGACGGAGUUGUUCGGCGCUUGUUUAAGGAGUACAUCAGGCAUGUUGAUCCGGUCAGUCAUCUGGGUCUGGGCUCAGACAGUGUGGAGGGUUAUCGUAUCGGAGAUGUGAUCCGAUCCAGCGGAGCAGACACACCUGAGCUUCUGCCCUGUGGAUACCUGGUGGGAGAGAAUGACACAAUCAACAUCUCGCUGAAAGAUGUGAACUCUCAGGCUGAGGAUUCUCUGGUCUUCGAGACGCUGAUCCCCAAACCCAUGCUCCAGCGCUACGUGUCUUUGCUCCAGGAGCAUCGCAGGAUCAUCCUUUCGGGCCCCAGCGGCACUGGAAAGUCCUAUCUUGCCCACAGACUGGCAGAGCAUCUGGCGCUGCGAGAGGGCAAGCUGCCCAAUGAGAGCAACGUCGUCACCUUCAACGUUGACCAUAAAUCCAGCAAGGAGUUGCGCCAGUACUUAGCAAAUGUAGUGGAGCAGUGCAGGUCUGAAGGACAGGAGACUGAAGCCCCUCUGGUGCUCAUUCUGGACAACCUCCAUCACAUCAGCUCACUGGGAGAGAUCUUCAACGGCUUGCUUAACUGCAAAUACCAGCGCUGCCCGUAUAUAAUCGGCACAAUGAGUCAGGCAACAUCUUCUUCUCCAAACCUGCAACUUCAUCAUAACUUCAGAUGGGUGUUGUGUGCUAAUCACAUGGAACCGGUGAAAGGUUUCCUGGGCCGGUUUCUGAGGAGGAAGCUGAUCGAGACGGAGAUCGGCAGCAGAAUGCGUAACCCAGAGCUGGUGAAGAUCAUAGACUGGAUCCCUCAGGUCUGGCACCACCUCAACCGCUUCCUGGAGGCCCACAGCUCCUCUGACGUGACCAUCGGUCCACGUUUGUUCCUGUCGUGUCCGAUGGAUGUGGACGGUUCUCGCGUUUGGUUUACUGACCUGUGGAACUACUCCAUCAUCCCUUACAUGCUGGAGGCUGUAAGAGAAGGCUUGCAGCUGUACGGCCGCAGAGCUGCAUGGGAGGAUCCGGCGCUGUGGGUUCUGGAGACCUUUCCAUGGGCAGCUUCUCAUCAGCACCCUGAUUGGCCAGCUUUGCUGCAGCUCCGCCCAGAGGACGUGGGCUUCGAUGGGUACUCCGCCUCCAGAGAGGGCCUUAACAAACAGAGCACUCAGAGUGACAGCGAUGCCGACCCGCUGAUGAACAUGCUCCUGCGUCUGAAAGAGGCGGCCAGCUGCUCCAGCCCGCAGAGCUACGACAGCGACUCCAAUAGUAACAGUCACCAUGACGAUAUCCUGGACUCUUCACUGGAGUCCACACUAUGAUCCAGCCUGAUCCGUAACGCCAUUCAGCUCACAUCCACGGGUGCUGGUCACCCGCUUCAUAUAUACAAAUAUAUAGAGAGAGAAAUAUAUACGCGCCAAAACUCAACGGUACUUCAGUGUGAUUUUUUUUUUUCGUUUGCUUUGUUUUUUUCAAAAUCAGAAGAAAGUGCUUUGUCCCAAUUUUUACCUCAAAAGUUAAAGUACGGUCACAUCAGCGAAAUGUUACGCACAAAAGUGUCAGCAAUAAAUGGAUUUGUGAAACAGAUCUCACAGACGUCUGCUGUGAAGUCUGCAUGGAUACAUUUUCAGCCAAUUCACGAGGGACUGAAUUUCACCUCCAGAAAUUCGGCGAACGUGACCGCGCUUUAACUGUUGGAGAAACUUUCGCACACAAUGCAAUGCUCGUUUGCUUGCCCUCUACUGGUGAAACGGAGGAGUUACGUCUUAAACCCGAGACCGACAUCUUGGCGUCAGCGUCUCGUUCCUCGACACGCCGCUGUCAUCACAUCGACUUUCCCUCUAACGAUGUAAUAAUGACUUGCUCGUGACUUUACAAAACCAGCUCGAUCGGAUGCUGACCAUGAAUCGUGUUAAAUAAGGAUACGGAUGAAAUAGCAUGGUGCUACGCUUACGAUUUUGGAUUUAUUUAUUGUGAUGAUUGGAAAAAAUACCUCGAUCGCCAUCUGGGACGUGCUUUUGUUUGCCUUUCCUUUUUUUUAACCACCCGUUCCUUAACUGCUGACCGCAUGUUCCCCGUGUUCUACUGUAGCACAAAGCCUGGCUAUCUAUUUUUUACGCUAGAUCACGCUCUGUUUUCGGUGCUGAAUAGAAUCUGGUGCCUUACUCCAUUUUGUAAAGAAAAAAACGGCACUAUGUUUUAUACUUCUGAAAAAAUGCUGAUUUUAUUAACUACGGGGCUCUGCGCUAGUCCUUUGAAUUUGCCUGAAGUAAACAGCCUCGCAGUCCACCCUAUCAUAUCAGAAGUACAAAAUGUGCGGUUUAGAAAAGAGGAAGUGGUUGAAGAGAGCGGCAGGGCGACACAUUUUUUUUUUAAGUAGAGCUAAAGGGACAUUUUACUUUCAGACACGUGUGGGGGAAAAAGAUCACGUGAAAUGCAUAUGAUCGCCACCGGCACGGGUCAUCUUGAGCGGUAAGGCCUCGCUUGGUGCUUAAAGACCGUCUCAACACAUCUUGGCAAAAGCACAGUGAGAAAAUGUUCAUAAUUUGGUGCAUGAGUAUACCUCAUUGACCAUUUUGGCCUUUUUCCGUGUACAUAUCUUGCAUUCAAUGUGAAAGAGUAAGUCAUUGGAUUGAUAAUAUACUGUAUUUGCUGCUUUGGAACGCAAGGAUGCUUCUGGAGGUUUUGUACAUAAAAUUUUAUCUUUGAUUCUCUAUAAAGGAACAUUAUUCGGAUGGACGGUGGGGUUUCCUUGCAUGGGAAAGCAUAGUAUAUGGGGCUCUUCGGUGUUUAUGUUGUUUGACGCUGCAGGGUUUAGUUACACCGCCGCUUCCAUUUCACUCCAGCGUAUGAUUCCUGUCGGUCAUCGUUCCUAUGCAACAUCAUCGUGGAUUUCAAAUGGAAGCCAAAUAUCGUAGCUCUGUACUGCUGUCAGCACUGCCAAUGCAUUGUGUGGGCACUGUGUAUAUAGUCUGUGAAUAAUUUUAGGAUGUGCCUAAUAUUCAUUUUCUUUGAUGGAUUAUGACGAUAACUCAUUUUAAGCACAAAUGUUGUAUGCGAUUGCUGUAACCGAAAAUGGAGGGCUAUAACCGAAUGGAUUUCACGUCGCUGAAUGUGUACAUCAUUUCUGGCUGUAAAAUACUCAUGUAAAUAUUUGACUACCCUGCAGGCUGCAUUUUGAUGAAUAAUCGUUUUUUCUAGCCGUUUAUAACAGUGCUUGGAAAUAUGGAAUAUUUUGUGUACAGUGUCUUUUUCAUCUUAACAGUCUCGCGGACGGUCUGUGAAACGCAAGCAGCCCAUGAAGAUUUACUGAUCACCUUACCGGUUUUAAAUUAUUUGUAAUUCAAUAAAACUAAUAAUUAUUUAUUAA